CUCGUGUGCCUGGUGCCCGGCAUAAGCGUUUGUUAGAUAAUCAUAUUCAGCAGGAUAUCAGUAAUCAGCUUACAUAGCUGAGUAACCGGUUGUGGUAAUACCCGUGGCAUCUCUACAUCCACUACGUACUUGUGCCAUGAUAAGCCUUGAAAAGUUAAUAAAUAUACCCUGAAUUAACAGUCAAUGCUUAGUUGUGAGCCGUAAUUAUAUUUCAACGUAUAGCUUCAGCGAAACUCCUACAUUUACAGAAAUGUGUCCAUUCGGAGACGAAAAUAAUAAUGAAUUGGUAAGUACAUUUUUGCACUACAUUUAUUUUCAUUUAUCUUCCAAGCUACUUUUCUUAAAGCUUACAACAAAUAGUCGACUCGCAAACUUAGUUAUUCCCCAAAUAGCUGGUUCCAUAAUCUGGUCAACCAAUUCCAAAAAUUGUGAAACAUAUGCGAGUAGCCCGUGACAAAUUAGAUGCUUCUAAGACUGAGAAUUCGGUUUAGAGAUCGUUUUAUUAUUUUUUAAAAAUUUGCGGUAAUUGUAUCGAGUGCUAAAAUCUCAGAUAAUCGUAAUUAUUACAGUUCAAAAUUGUUUAUUAAUUUUUUAAUAAUUUACAGAUCGACGUCGAAAGGAUAAUUAUCCCGCAAGUGGAAUUAGUGAUCCUAUUAACAGGACAGGCUCAACGGUCCUUGUUAAUAUACAACCGUGAACUCAAUCAGGUGAGGCUCGAAGAAAUCGAAAGUGCUUCACCUCCACAGCACCAGAUUGAAAUACUCUUUCAGACGCCGGAAGUAACCGCAGCAGAAACGGUCGACUCAGAUGUCUCACCACCGAACCUGACUACAUUAGGAAGGAUGCCAGCGGAAUCAGAAAUCCAGAAUUUCACGUCAGUCAUCGAGGGACUAGUAAAAAAAUUAGACUCGCUCGUUGAUCCAUCAAGUCGGCCCAACGGGGAUUACUCCCGUUGGGCUGAACUCCACCACCAGGUCACACUGUUGGAGAAAUCACUGGCGGACGAGUGCAGGAGAUCGACAUCACUUGAAGAUGAGAUCGAGGACAUUGAUGAACAACACAAUCAAGAAUUAAGUUAUCUCGAAAAUCAAAGGAAAAAGGACCUUCAUGAAAUUGAAUUUUUGGAGGAGAAGCUAAAACAAAUGGAACACAAUCAGGGAGAGGAACGGGAGAAGUUAACUAACGAGCUAAAACUACUCAAAACAAAAUUCAAAACCAACAUAAAAAUCUUCAACAAGCUAUUGCAUUUAAACGCUAUAGCUCUCGUGAAUAGGAUGCAUGAUGCAUCAAAAGACACUUUAUUCCUCACAACCAGUGUGAGGCAGCUCACGUCUGAUCCAGAUUCUCUACUCACCGUCCAGCCAUUGACCACAACCGUAGUCGCUGACGUAAUUCGAGCUGCUAGACAAUCUGCUCUGCAGGCGUCCCCCCUCCUAAACGCCCAAGUCAAGAAGCCAACGACAAAUAAUAAAUUGACGUUCAAAGGAAGGUAGUCAUUUUAGUGAAUUUAGUCAUUUUUAGAGUUAAUAUUCGAUGACGUAGCCCCAAAAAGGCCCGGUCUUGAAUACAUGAAAUAUAAAUAAAUGAACGUUCGAAAGUAGUAAUUUAGUAGUAAUUUAGU